ACUCUCAGCAAUCAACCCCUUCAGGUCCGCUUGCUUGCCACCAAACCUCACUCGACCACGAAAGCGAAACAGGAACAAAAACAAUCCCUCAUGGACUCCUCGGAAGCGGUGGAGCUCCUCGAUCUUCUGGAUGAGCAAAUCGAUGACCUUGGGGCUGCUGUCGAGCCCCUCCUCAAGGACGCCAUUUCCGGAGCCGCUAUACAACUCCCAGUCGUCGAUAAAGCAAAACUCUACGUUCUCACAUCUUAUGUUUUGGAAUCUCUUUUGUUCUGUAAUUUCCCCCAAACACCCUGCUUGGCAAAUCGCACAACGCUGACUUUCUCAAGCCUACCUGAAACUAAACAACACCGACCUCAAGUCCCACGCAAUCAUGUCCGAGCUCGCGCGCGUUCGCAGCUACAUGGCGAAGAUCAAGGAAGCCCAGCCAAAUAUGCAUAGGCGCGAAAUGACUAUCAACAAGGAAGCCGUGGAGAGAAUCGUAAAUGCCGGAUUAGCAGGGAACGACAAGUGGGACGCUGAGAACGCUGAGACGAAGGCUAAGGAGCGCGCAGCGGCAUUGGCAAAGUUUAAUGCGCUGAGCGAGAAGAUCGAGCGGGAAACGGGAAAAUUGUCCAAAAAGCAAAGGCAGAAGGAAAGGAAAGCAAAGAGGAAUCGGGAGGCUGCCGCGGCUCAGAGGGAGCUAGACUACGAUGAGUCCGGAGAAAUUGUUGCGAUCGACGCCGGCGGUGAGGUGGUGGCGGAGAGUGCCGGGGAGGGAGAAGGGAAAACGGGAGUGGAUGAGAAAGUAGAAGUUGGAGUUGAAGGGGUGGAGGCCGAAGCCGAGGAUAAAGAGGUCGUGGAGGAGAAACGGGCCGGCUCUUCCAAGAGGACUAAACCGUCCAAGAAUCGGUCAAAAAAGCGUCGGAAAGCGGCCACAGGGAGAGAAUACUCCCCCCACCGACAAUCUCACGAUCCACUAAAACAAUAGAACUACCACGCCCACGAUAUUCCACCACUGAGAUUUUUAUUCAACUUUUACUAUUUUUCUUUGCUCUAUAAAGCAGCUUUCCACUGGGUCUCUCCUGCUGUCUACGAUGUUUAGUGUUUUGUACGAUAGAUAAAGUUGGAUCAUUGGGGCGUGUCUUUUUUCCCU